AUGGCAGCGUUCUAUUUCACCACCGCCAUAACCCAGCAACAGCAGCCUUCCCAGCCCACCGUCUACACCUACAUCCCUCUCCAGAAUCCCGCCCAUCCAAACUACGCUGCGGCUCAAGCUGCCAACCCCUAUCCUGGCAAUGUUAUUGGGAACCAUAGCAUAGGCCAAGGAAAUAAUAACCCUGAUGCAGCACCCGUUGCUGCAACUAUUCAGGCUGUUGUGCAAGGACAAACCGCAGUCAAUCCCACCCAAGUCAUACCCUGGCCUCAGCAGCAAGUUGCCGUGGUCACCUCUCAACCACAACAAUUUGUAGGAUGGCCCGCCCCUGGCGCCGCUGCUCCACAGCAGCAGGUAUGGUUUGCGCCCAACUCCCAGCAGCUCCAGGCACAGAAGGAAACCGCUGCAGAGGCCAAAGGAACUAAUGUCCCAUACCAGCUGAUUCCCUACCACCCCACAACCGGCCAGACUUGGUGGGUGCGUUACCUCGACGGGACCUGGGCUCAACGGACUACCACUGACAUUCACACUAAGCUCCACGGCCAGUGGCGAACCUCGAACCAGGGGGUUCCAUAUUUUGAAAUUUUGGCCAAGUUUGGGUCAUAA